AUGAGAUGCAAUAUACCAUUAAAUACUCCGGAACAAUAUUAUCGAGCAUCAAUUUUUAUUCCUUAUCUUGACAAAUUUAUUACAGAGUUAGAAGAAAGGUUCAAUGUUCAUCGAUCGAUUUUAUCAGGUUUCGAUUCUCUAUUUAGGGAAAAUGGUCCCAUUGAAGAUAUUAUAAUUCUUUCAAAUAAAUAUAUUGAAUAUUUGCAGAAUGAUGGAUCUCAAAAUCAAAUUAUUGAAGCAGAAUACAAAUUAUGGCAGAGAAAACUCAUGCAAACAACAGAGAAACCAAAUAAUGCUCUAGAGGCUAUGGCUAUGUGUAACCAGUCAAUUUAUCCAAACAUAUUUAAACUUAUUCAAAUCUUAGUCACGCUACCUGUUUCCUCUGCAACAAAUGAAAGAACAUUUUCAAAUUUAAAAACGUAUCUAAGGAAUUCCAUGUCAGAGGGAAGAUUGAACGGUUUAGCGAUGUUAUCAAUAAAUAAAAACUACUCAAUAAAACCGGAAGAGGUUAUUGAAGAACUGGCGAGAAAAAAAAGACGUUUACCUUUUUUAUUAUAAAAAACUAUUAAUUUG